UGAGCAAAAUAUUGCAGAUGAAGCUAAUGGUCACAGCUGACAGCUACGAAAAGCAGCUGGUGCAAUACCUGUAGCAAAAAUAGCCUUGAAAAACAUAUAUCGCAGCGUGUUUCCCGAGGAGCAUAAGUUGGAGACGAAGAAAAGGAGUUUAAAUUGGGAGAAACGAUGAUGGGAAGGACUGUAAUAGCGGAGGAGAGUUUGCAGGACAGACUUACCGCCCUCGCGAAGGUUGGCACUUUCCAGAUUGGACUGCUGAUUGGCCAGAAUGCAAGAGACCGUGACUACCUUGUACACCUGGCCCCGACCCCCAUACCAGAUGAGGGUGAUCUCAGCUCUGAAGAGGAGGAUGCCGUGCCACACAGCCCGAAGACGGAGCACGGCAAGUCCAAAGUCCCCGAGUCUAUUCCCAAGGUUGUUGACGCCAUUGUUGCCCAGCACACCAGGCAGGUUGUGCGCAUGCUACCAGGAGGGUUGGAUGUUAUAGGCCUUUUUGUGGUGACACCUCAGUCGGACUAUGACACUUCCCAAAGCCAGUCCAAAAUCAGGUCCAUUUUGGGUGCCGUUCACAGGACUGCGGCAAAAAUCCUGCUGGAGACUGCUGAACUUCGCACUGAGAAGAUUAUCCUGCAUGUCUGUACACAGUCCUUCAAAUGUACGGUGAAGACAGUAGAUGUAUCUCCCACGGCAGUUGGCAUUCAGAACAGUGCCGAGCUCAGGUUCCACAGAGGGGGUGUUAAGUGGCAGCAGAUCUGCUAUUCCUACAACAUCAAUCUCAACUUCUGGUUGCCGAAGGACAAGUCUCCACAAUCACUUUAUAAAAUGAUACUUUCCCUGAUCAAGCCAUGGGCCCAGAGUGUGACCAAGAGCCUAAUCCUGAUUGACUCGGAGCUGCAAAACAGCUACGACUUUCUGGACCCAUACGCAGAGGAGAAGCAGACCAAGAAGAAGGGGAGUGGCAGCAGUGGGGUCAGGGGAGGGAUGGCGGACUUGUCUCCCCCUAAGGUCUUCACAGCUGAGAUCCUUGACUCGGGUGCGCCCUUGGCUGUGGAGGGGCCUGGUUCCGGCCUUGAGGAGAGCUCAGGAAACGUGCGGCUGGCAGGCACAGUGGCUGGCCUGGCCUUUGUGCACUCCAAGGCCACUGUUGGAGAAGCCCGAUCGUCCGUGCUCGUUGACCUGGUGCGCUCGGUGGUAGCCCGGUGGGAGAUGCAUUGUGACUCGCUUGUGGAAGAGCCUCCCUCGCACCUAGUGGGCCCUAUCAUCCACGAACCUCCACGUCGCGUCUUCCUCGAGGGAGGUGGUCUUCCUGUCAGUCUCUGCGACUACCUGUUCCCUGGGGACAACACUACAGAUGCGUGUCAGUCGGCCAAGGAGCUGCUCGGGCUGACAGUUCGUUCCGAGCAUGUGGAUGACACGCUGGAAACAUUAGCUGAUGCCACAGAAGUGAUGGACAGCGGAGAAGGAGGUGUAGGAGAGGACCCACGACUGGGCAGUGACAGGUCCAGUGCGUCGUCUACGUGCCCGGUUUCGUACAUCCUCCUGGCGUCCGGUGUUGCUGCUCUGGGAAUUGCGUUCUCUUACGUCACGCUCCAGAGCUCAAAAGCGUUGACUUAAGGUUGAAUUAGGGUUGUGGCAGAACUUUUUUUUUCUGUUUUUCUUUUUCUUAUUCUUUUUCGUUAGUUAGUAUUCAAGGGACGGCAAGUUUAUUUAUCAGCUUUUAUCAGCUUUUUACAUGAAGAUCACUACAUAAUGGGAUUAUGUGUCCUUGUAUUAUGUCAAGAGACAUAACUAGGUAGUUUCUAUAAUUUUAAUGUUUGUCUCUGUGUCUUUUUGUAUGUGUGUAUUUUGUUUUGAAUAUGUUUUGUGUUAUAGCAAUACAAGAAUUAUCAUGUCAUGAGGAGACCUAACUAUCCACCAUGUUUCCAUACAUUUUUAAGUAAAUUUUUAUUGACUCUUUAAUUUUAUUUUUAUUAUUCAGUUGGUUGCGCAAGAUGAUGUAAAUAGAUUAUGAUUUGAAUGAAGAGAUAUAUUUGCAAGAGUUUAAAAGAAAUAAUUUAUUAUUAUUAAGGACCAUUGGAAUGUUUGUGAAUAGCAUAACUCUAUCAAUGAUGAAAUCAAACACAAAAAAAAAGAAAAGAAAAAUAAUUUUACAAAUCGAGAUCAGACGCACAGAAAUCAUUAUAUCAUUAUAUAUAAUGAUUAUAUUAAAUCACUAUAUAUAAAGAUUGCCAGUGAGUUUGGAGUUUUCAAACAAACAAGCAAACAAAAUACAUGAACUACAACACUACCAUGAAUAUGAAAUUAUAACAAGGACAAAUAGAUUGAAGAUUUAUCAAAAUACAAGUUGGAAUGGAGAAACACUUUUCUGCCUGCUUUGUGUGUGUUGCAGCUUUUCAUUGCAGCAAGUCCAGUAGAGGUUAAGGAGACACAAUCAGACGUACAAAAGCGCUUCGGAUUCUGGAGAAGAUCCCGAGUGCUCUGUAAGGGAAUGCCUUUUAGAAAGAUAUUUCUUUCUCUCUCUUUUGUUCCUAUUUUUCUACAUUUCUUAUCCUUUGCUUUGUAUCCUCCUUACCUUUCUCUCUCUUUCUCUUGCUUUUCUUUCUUUUCCUUUCUUUUCUUUCUCUUCCCUUUCUAAUUUCUUUGGAAAUGUUGUAAUUUACACUACAGAUGCCAAGCCAUGACAGAAUUCACUGACUGUAAUAAAGAUUUAUUUAUUUAGUUAGUUAUAAGCAUUUUGUAAUAAUUUAAUUUUUCAUUUGAAUAAACAAUAUAAUAUAUUUAUUUAUUUAUUUAUUUAUUAUUUUUUUUUUUCUUAUGCUGAAUCAAAUCUUGUGAUUAUAUUUUAUGUUCUAAAUGAAUUUUAUAGUGGAAUGCACAUUACUCACUUUCUGCAAGGCUGUUGUAUGCAAUAUAUAAAUGUUCAGAAGGUGUUUCUUUUAUACUGAUGCCAAGUAGUGCAUUCUUCGACUAGAAUUUACAGGUGUUUGUUGCCAAUUGUGCUUCCUCUUCUUCCUUAAGGUGAUGUGAUCUUUGUUGCCGUUUUAUUUUUUCUGUUGUUGUUUCGCUUAUACUGUAAUCCAUUAAUGGUAUGACGUAAUGUACAGUAAAGGUUUAAGAUUUUUUAUAUAGCGGUCAGAACGCAGAGGGAUGGAAUAUAUAAUUAUGAUAAUAAUAAUAAAGAAAAACAUAAUUUGUGUUGUGUUGACAUAAACUAACCCCAGAAAAUAAACUGACCUCAAACUUUUGAGGAUUUGUUUCCCAAGUUUUUGCUUUGUGCUAAGCUUAAUUUUGUGAUUUAUUUAUUUUAAUUCUUAUUAAUGUUUAUAUUUUGUGGUUUGAGAUUUUUUUUCAUUUCUUUUCUAUUUAAAGAUAUCACUACUAUUUUUUUUUUUAGAGAUGUAAGAUGAAAUAUGAGAAGAAGAAAUUAUAAAUGCAUUUACAGUGACAGUGGUAUGAAAGUAUUGAGUUUCCUUCUGUCAGCAUUGCAAGAAAGACUGUUAAAAUCUCAAGUUGUCCAUAUCUGGUAUCUGUAUCAUUUUAUCUGAGCGACAUUUAUACGUUCAUGGUUAUAUAUGAGUGUGUGCGUGCGAGUGUGUGUCUGUUUAUCUGACAGUAACAAGAGUGUGAAUGUGAAUAUAUAUGAUCAUGGAUAUAAAAAAGUGCUCUGUUAUGUGUCUGUUCAUGUGUUUACCAGUUAUGUGUAUAUGCUUGUAUGUACAAGAAUGUGUAUGUUGAGUUGUUUCAUCUGGGGUAUAUGUUGAAUGACAAUGCAUAAUAUCUAUAUGUAUAUCCAUCACAGCAGAUUAUCAUGAACUUUCCUUUUAUGAUAUAAACAAGGGAUUUUUCUUAAAUGGUAUUGGAGAAAUGAUUCAUGAUAUUAAAUACUUAGGUCACUGUAGAUUGAUAAGAUAUGUGAUAAAUCUGAAAGCAAUGCACUUUACAAUCACAAAACAAUCUAUUAUAGUUUUCAUCAGAAGACUCAAUUCUUUCCAUAAGUAAAAAUGUAGAUGUCUUGUUUAAUUUUGUACAGAACUAAUUAUUUCUGUAUUGCAGAAAGUUAUAAACACUAAUGUUGUUA